AUGGCUUUCAUUUUCACGACCUUAUUGCAAGUUUUGGUGGAAGAAGUCGUUGAAGUUGCAGUUGUAGCAACAGCUGUGGCAGCUACAACAGUUGUUGCAUUUAAAGCAAUAGAAAUCGGAGGAAGAACUAUUAAUUAUCUUGUUGAUGAAUUUGCUACUCUCUCCGUUCCUACUUCUAAUUCCACCAAUACCUCUACUUACCUAGGAGAACGAACUAUUCACGAAUGGUGGCUUGAUGGUAUUACUAGUGAAGAAAGACAACUUCUUCUUAAAAAGGGAUAUAGUGAUAAAACUGGUUGUUUCACUUUGGAUAAUUUGAAAAAUAUAAUCUGCUACGCCAAAGCACCAGGCAAACCAACUGAAAAAAACGGCUAUGAGAAACCUAAAAACUGGGAUGGCAAGUUGAAAAAAGCUCCAAAAAGUAAUCGUAAAGGAUAUCCAGAUAGAAAAGGAAGCGUUUGGGUUCCUACAGGAGAAAAUUCAGACAAUCCUAAUUCUCACGGCGGACCUCAUUGGGAUGUGGAACACCCAGAUGGAAGUUAUGACAAUGUUUACCCAGAUGGAAAAGUUAGACCAGGGAAGAGAUGA